AUGAUUUAUAUUUAUCGACGGAUAAAUCAUUAUUCAUGAUAGAAAAUCACUAUACAGUCACAAAUCUUAUUGAAAUAAAAUGAUUUUAUUUGAUGGAAGCGACUACCGCGAAAUAAUGGGACACAACUCUCAAUAAAUACAAACACACAUACACAGUAGAAAAUGGAAAUCACAAGAAAAAAUUUUCAAGAGUCUUUGGAGAAAGUAGAAGCUGCUGUGAAAGAAGCAAGUUUCCUUGCAAUUGAUGGGGAAUUUACCGGUUUGAAUCACGCUGGAUUGACACAUACAGCAAUAUUUGAUACACCAGAAGAAAGAUAUCAUAAAGUUAUACAAGGAUCAUGUGAUUUUAUGUUAAUACAGUUUGGGUUAUGUGCAUUCAGUUAUGAUGGGAAUACAAAAAAGUAUACAGCCAAACCAUUCAAUUUCUACAUAUUUCCACGACCUUUCUCAAGAGCUGCUCCAGAUGUGAGAUUCACGUGUCAGAGUUCAAGCAUGGAUUUUCUAAUGUCUCAAGGGUUUGACUUUAACAAAUGGAUACGAGAUGGUAUAACUUAUUUGAGGCCUGCAGAUGAAGCCAGGCUAAAAGAGCAGGUAGUGAAGAAGCAUGAAGUGUUUGCAUCGCCAGCAUUUAUAUCUCCGAGUGGAGGCUCGCACCCAGGUGGGAUCUCCAAAGGACCAGUUGAUAUUCCUCCAGAACAGAAAGAUUUCGUAGAUGACAUCUUUAAGAAAGUAGAAAAAUUUCUAGAGUCGGGUGAGCAUGAUACCCUGUCACUACCACCAUGCACGGGAUUCCAGAGAAAAUUAACCUACCAGUCUUUACAAGGAAAGUAUGGAGGGGAACUUUAUCUUCAGAGUAAAACAGGGGAAAACAAGGAAAGGUUUAUUGUUGUGACAAAGAUUAAAGGUGAAGAUGAGAUGAAAAAGAUCGAGGACAGUAAACAAGCUCAGGAUCUGGCUGAAGUUGAUGCUGCAGUUGGGUUUACUCAAGUGAUUAAGAUGAUCUCACAGAGUGGCAAGUUAGUGGUAGGCCACAAUAUGAUGCUAGAUAUUGCUCACACAAUUAACCAGUUCAUGUACACUUUACCAAAGGAUUAUGAAGAAUUCAAAUCAAUGUGCAGAUGUGUAUUUCCAAGGUUGAUAGAUACCAAGUUAAUGUCAAAUACUCAACCAUUCAAG